CUUGUCAGUGUAGCCACUUUUAUGCAACCGGGAAUUGUGCUGAAGGCUCUGGUCAAUAUGACUGUAGGAAAGAAUUCCAACCGCCAAACUGCGACAGUUGUAGUUUUGGACACAACGAUUACCCCAAUUGCAAACCUUGCGACUGUCAUCCUAAUGGUACUGUUGAUUCUCAUUGUGAAGCAGAAGGCGAGCAACGUCCUAGUCAGUAUAACUAUGCUGGAAAGUUCUGUGACAAGUGCAGGGAAGGAUUUUACAAUUUUCCUGAAUGUCUUCCCUGUAAGUGUGACGCAGCAGGAGCCCAAACAGAUAUUUGUGAUCCAGAAACUGGUAAUUGUCCUUGUUAGAACAGUUAUGGUGGUAGAACAUGUGAUCAGUGUAACAAUGGGUACUACGACUUUCCUGGCUGUACUUGUUUCUGAUCGCCUCUACGUGGGUGGUUAUCCAGGUGACUAUAAAUUACCUGACGUCUCAAAUACGGGUUUCGAUGGGUGUGUCGACAAUGUGCAAAUAAUGAGCAUUAGUGUAGAUCUUAGUAAAAACAUCAAUGCUCUUGAUGUAGUCCCUGGCUGCCCCGAAGAGUGAGUCCCCCGACUACGAUAGGCUAUCAGGAGUAUCUGCGACGGACAACACAUUCCAGCUGAUUCUGCGUUCAAAUACAACACAUCCCCACAGGCUCAUUCUCUUUGCAAGUGACGGAAC